AUGUCUACUACAACUGCUCUGGUUCUACGAGAAAUCAACGGCCCAUUCUCUCUUGAACAGAUCUCUCUUAACGCCAUCCGCAAUAAUGAAGCUUUAGUUGAGAUUCAUGCAACAGGAAUAUGUCAUACUGACUUGUCAUGUGCAAAUGGUACACUACCUGCCUCUGCACCUGCGGUCUUGGGACACGAAGGGGCUGGAGUCAUUAAAGAAGUAGGGGCAGACAUCAUAGACUUGAAGCCAGGGGAUAAAGUACUCCUCUCCUUUGCCCAUUGCGGCACCUGCGAACAGUGCACAUCGGGACAUCCUGCCUACUGCUAUUCCUUUGUUCCGUGGAACUUUGGUGGCAAACGGCCUGAUGGUUCUAGCGCAUUGAACCUGGACGGCAGCCAAAACAAAAAGGCCCUAUAUAGCAGCUUCUUUGGGCAAAGCUCAUUUGCACGUCUCGCAAUAGUCCAUCGAUCAAGUCUGGUCAAAGUAGGAGACGAGAACGAUCUUGCUUUGUUUGCCCCACUCGGAUGUGGUCUUCAGACCGGAGCAGGCGCCAUUCUGAAUACACUCAAUGUGCAGCCUGGAAAGACAGUGGCUAUCUUUGGAGUCGGCUCGGUAGGGAUGAGCGCCGUCAUGGCUGCCAAGCUUCGUGGUGCCAAGGAGAUCAUCGCUGUUGACCUCCAACAAUCUCGGCUUGACUUGGCCAAGACUCUGGGGGCUACAGCUACUAUACUGGGCAGCGACUCUGACAUUAUCUCCAAGAUGCAAGAGGUCUCACCACCGAAUGGGGUUAAUUAUGCCCUCGAUUGUACAGGUGUGCCUGCUGUGAUUGAGACGAUGAUUAAAUGCCUCGGUACCAGAGGUAGAGCUGCUUCUGUAGGAGCUCCGUCUCCCGGAAAGACUGUCGAUGUUGAUGUGUUUGCACAACUUAUUCACGGACGGGAAUAUGUGGGGUGCUGCGAAGGAGAUGCCGUCCCUAGCAAGUUGAUUCCCUUCCUAAUUGAGCAGCAUGCACAAGGCAAAUAUCCGAUAGAGGAGUUGAUUACGUACUAUGAUGUGAAGGACUUUGAACAAGCUAUCAGCGAUACAAAGAGUGGCAAAGCUCUCAAGGCAUGUCUAAAAGCUGCCGACCCCAACAACUUUGUCCACUUAUCGCAUAAUGAUGUCGAUAUUCAAGAUGGUGCUGUCGAAAUGCGCUACCGGACCGGUGUAUUCUGUGAAGAAGAUCUGAGUAAGGUAACCGAUAUUGACAGCGACUAUAAGAAACAUGAAUUUCUUAAUCUCGGCCGCCCUCUCUUCCCACAGAUCUGGUUCGGUCUUGACACUUCCUUUGCUCUCACUGCUUACUGGCUCUUUGAACUAUGCAUCUGGUCUUUAAUCGAGUAUAGCAUGCAUCACUUCCUAUUCCACAUCGAGGAGUGA